AUGUUUAUACUGAUAAGGCUGAUUCAGCGGCGGUUAAAUGCCUUUGAUUUGGACGACAUUCUAUCGUCAAUCAACUCAUCGGGCAAAGGUUCAAGUUCAAAGCAACCCCCUACCACGUCAUCAAAUCGGUUUGCAAAUACUCAAAGAAACAAUAAUAAAGACAAGACCCGUGGAUCCGGAGGAGGAGGUCAUAGCCAUCAUUCUCGAGCCAGAAAUGAAGGCCCUAAGAAACAACAAAGUAAUACCAGAAGGUUUAAUAAUACCUCGGGGUCCACCAAACAACAAGAAGCAUUAAAAUCACAAGUAGAACUUGUCCAUAAAUAUAGAAGAGAUUUCAAAGUACAAUUUAUUGAUCCUACCACCAAUAAGAUGGAAAUAGCAUUUUUACCAGAUAUUGUCAACCCAUUAGAUUUAUCAAAGCAAGGGAUAUAUGUAGUUGAACCUCAAGAAGCUGGUGGGUUGCCAUUAAUUAAGUUGAAUACUUGUCAAGAAAUGGUAAAACAAUAUGCCGAUAAGUUGGCAGAAAAGAUGCAAAAGGAAUUAUUGAACAAGGGUAGUUCAGCUGCUUGGAAAGCAGCUUUACUGAAGGAAAAGGCUCAGAAAAGAAGCUCAACUGCUAAAGUGGUUACCGUCUCAUGGACAAUUAGUUUAAGUGAUUUGGCCAAUCAGAAGAAAAGUGAGGUUGAAAAGAUUAUUAAAAAAGGUGGUAAGUUUAGCUUUUUCAUUGGAGACAGAUCAAAUGCAAGGGCCAUUUCUAGAGGUUAUGAAGGUAAUGAUGCUUCCAAUAGAAUCCGCAAAUCUGAAGCUGAAGAUUACCAAUUGGAAAUUGCAAGAAGAACGAUGGUGCUUAAUAAAGUUACAGAAAUGUUGGAUGAAUUAUCUUGUCUUUAUGAAGCUCAAGGUGGCGUGGAGGGAAGAGUCAUUCUCCAAUGCUCUCCAAAAGUUGAAGUUACCUCCUCCAAAAGUGCCAAAGAGGCUGAUCAGUCUUCAAGUAAAGAAUUAAGGAAACAGAAAAAGUCAAAAGUAUCUUCAAAAUCUUCAGACAAACAGAAAAUUGAGGAUUUGGAUAGUCUUUAUCUGUUCAAAAUUGAUGAUGAUUAA